AUGAGGAGGGCGGACGGGCGCGGCGCCUUUAAGGGGCGCAGCCUCUUCAUGGCCCCGGUGGGGGCAGGGAGCGGGCACGGGCCCUUUAAGGCCGGCAGCGGGCACGUCGGGCAAGGUUCCCGGGCGGCCGGGCAGCGACCCGGGCGGUGGCAGGGUCGCUGCGCCUGCCAAGGUGCUAACGGCCCCCGGUGGGGUGCUCGGGGCCAUGCAGCUGACCGCGGCCAGCCCGACACUCACCGUGGCUCGCCGGGAGCGCCCGCGCCCGCGCCCCCACUCGGAUCCCGCGGCGGCGGCGGCGCCAAUCGGAGCGCCCGAAGCAAGCCGGCCUCAGCCCUUGCCCCCGGCCAAUCCGCGCACGGCUCAGCACUCCGCUGGCCAGUUGUGUGGCUGCCGGAGAGGCCUCUGGCCAAUGGCGAGGCGGCGGGGGCUGGUUUACCUGCCACUUUCCCGCCACCAAUCGCUUGGCACACAGAAGCGCACGCCCCGAGCGGAGGGCCAAUCUUCGUGCUUUCCCUGGAUUUCCUCGCCCCUGCGCUCUCCCUGUCCCUCAGGUCUGUCACUCGCGAUGUCCCUGCGGGUGCAGAAUCCGCAUCCUUGCUGGCGCCCGCGUUGUCCCUCUUCCCUGGGUCCGUGGUUGGCGGCUGGCUCACCUCUGCCACCUUUCCUCCUUCUCCGUCUUUUAUUUGGGGCACCCUGACUUAA